GAGGACACAUAAGCAGCAACGAUGUUUGGGUGCUGAGCUCCCAGCUGAAUGUCUGGAUCAAGGUUGCUUGUCUGCAGAAAGGCCGAUGGAGGCAUAAAAUGGCAACUCUUCAGGGCAAGAUCUACGCUGUGGGAGGUUUUGAUGGUUUUUACCGCCUCUCUAGCGUGGAGUGCUAUGACACCUUCUCCAACAGCUGGUCAACCUUGGCCCCGCUGCCUCAGGCUGUGAGCUCGGCGGCUGUGGUCUCCUGCCUGAACAAGCUCUACGUGCUGGGCGGUGCUGUGGAUGACACCGCUAACACUGACAAGGUCCAGUGUUAUGAUCCAGAGGAGAACAAGUGGUCGCUCUUGUCUCCCACCCCUUUUUACCAGAGGUGCAUCAGUGCCGUCUGCUUGGACAACAUCAUUUAUGUUGUAGGUGGACUCCUCAGUAAAAUCUUCAGCUAUGAUCCAAGGAAAGACAGCUGGCGAGAAGUGGCCACCCUCCCUGGGCCUCUGGAGAGCUGUGGCCUGACAGUUUGCGGAGGGAAGAUUUACAUCCUGGGUGGCCGAGAUGAGAACGGAGAAGGCACGGACAAAGCGUUCACAUUCGACCCGGUAACAGGGAGCGUGGAGCAGCAGCCGCCGCUGCAGCGCUGUACCAGUUAUCACGGCUGUGUCACCAUCCUGCAGCGCAUGAACAGAUGA